AUGGGCAGCCUACCGGAUCUGACGGAGCGUUCGCGGCCGCACAGCAUCCGAAACGCCGCGAGGACCGUGUCGGAUCCUCAUCGACAUCGGACUGUGAUAACACAGAUACCUGUAAAUACGAUAUACAAGAAAGAAUGGCCUUGGAGGAAGACGAAAACACCGGUCAAACUCCCCGUCGCUCCGCCGCGGGGUCGACGGGAGUCAGCCGCUUCAUCAGUAGGAGCGGCGUCUAUCCGUCGCCUUAUAACAAGACAACCCCCAAAACUUCCAAAGCCAGUCAUCAGACGGUUCAUGCUUCUCUGCAUAGCCAGUGGCCUCUGUUCAACGGCUCUUCUGCCUUUCACAGCAUUCGCAGGCGCAGAGGCAGGUGCUGUGCCUUUGGCGAUCAUGCAUAUGGUAGCCGCGAUUGUUGCUCCAUUCUCACCUCUCAUCCUCCAAAAGACGGGAACACGUAUAGUUGUUACCGUGGCGCAUAUUCUUAUCUGUAUACUACUUAUUGCUCACACGAUCGCAACUCCGCUAGCGAUACUGCUGCCUCUUUACGCCAUUUGUGGGGUCUCACUGUCUCCGAUGUCGCUAGCUCUGUCGGCGUCAGCGACAUCGUUGGCACAAACCGCCGGCGAUGAAAUAAAAAGAAAGAUAGCCCUGCGGAGGGCGCUAAGAGCUCUCAGGGCCGCACAGGAUUUAGGGUUAGUUUGUGGAUCAUUGAUGCUAGGAGGAGCUCUUGUAAUUUGGCCUGAAAAUCACUCCCAAGAAAUACCAAUAAAUAUGACCGAUACAAACACGACAUACCAGUACUAUCCUUCAGCGGAAGAAUACUAUUCCGAUGAGGACUACGAGGAAAGAACUUGUGGUUCAGCUGGCUGUCCUGGAAUGCAGUUUCUCUUGGGUUCGUCGCUAAACGCUAUGGGCCGCAGGGUGCUAGUCGCACUGUGGGCUACUCUUGCACUAUUGGCCUCAUUCCUGGGCCUCUUCGGAGCUGCCUCAGCACCGGCCCCACCUCCUGAUGCACGAUCAGUGCUCAGGGACCCUCGGACGUUACUUGGCACCCCGAUGGGUCUAUUCAUCGGUCUUCAACAGGGAUUUAUUUAUACUUCUUAUAUUAAGUGGUACGGCGUCUGUGUGGGAGGCUGGUCCGGUGCAUUCCGUGCACUCUUCGGGGCUGGAGCCCUGCAGGCGCUAGCUGCCGCUACUCUCAGUAUGGCAGCAGCACGAGGCCGACGGGGAGCCCUAACCGCGGGUGGGGCAGCAGCACAUGCUUCGCUGCUCCUUGCCUUACUUCGCUGGCGAGCAGCCAGAAGUGACUUGGCUUUACCAGCAGUCGCCGCAGCAGCUUGGGGCGCCUGUGCCGCUCUUUGGGACGUCUUACAGGCGGGUAUCUGUGUGGGUGGUGGUGGAUGGCGAGGUCCUUGGUCAGCGACCCUGGCCGCUCGUCACACAGGUCUGGCUCUGGCAUGUGCUGCGAGGACGUUCCUCUGCGUCAAGACACAGCUGGCAGUUCUGGCUCUAUCUCUAGCAUCGGCCCUGGCAUCGCACGGUACUUUGGAGCUGCGAGUUCGUCGUUCGGAGCGCCAUCGCUCCUAG